AAAAGGUUUAUCAUCCAUGGCGAUUUAGCGCCCGAGCGCUUCUCUAAUCUUAUUCAUGUCCACCGUUAAUCAUCACUGCCUCCUGAAUCUUCCUCAUAUCCCACCUUCAAUUCCUCCGAACCGUCGCUCGAAACUUCAUUCCUCUCUCUCGCUCUAUCGAAAACCAGAACGCCUCUGUUCUCUCUCUGCGUCUCUGUCUCUUUCACCAGUAAACAUCAAUGAGUGUUCUUCUUCUUCCUCCUCAUCUUCAUCGUUUGAGAAGAAAGAAACGGAAGAGAUUGAAUCUAUUGUUGAUGGGUUUUUCUAUCUGCUUCGCUUGUCUGCUCAAUACCACGACGUCGAGGUUACAAGAGCUGUUCACGCUUCGUUUCUUAAGCUCAGAGUAGAAAAACCCCGUCUUGGAAAUGCCCUUAUCUCUACUUAUCUCAAACUUGGCUUCCCUCGAGAGGCUUUUCUCGUCUUCAUGUCUAUGACUUCACCGACGGUGGUUUCUUACACAGCUCUGAUCUCGGGUUUCUCAAAAUUGAACCUUGAAAUUGAGGCUCUUAAGGUCUUCUUCAGGAUGAGAAAAGCAGGUAUUGUCCAGCCCAACGAGUAUACCUUUGUAGCAAUUUUGACUGCUUGCGCGAGAGUUUCGCGAUUCUCGCUUGGGAUUCAGAUUCAUGGAUUGAUUGUUAAAUCAGGGUUUUUGAAUUCUGUCUUUGUUGGCAAUUCGUUAAUGAGUUUGUACGCUAAGGAUUCUGGGUCUUCGUGUAAUGAUGUGCUGAAGCUGUUUGAUGAAAUUCCUCACAGAGAUGUGACUUCGUGGAACACUGUGAUUUCGAGUUUGGUGAAAGAGGGAAUGUCGGAUAAAGCUUUCGGUUUGUUUUAUGAGAUGAACAGAGUCCAAGGACUUGGAGUUGAUUGUUUUACGCUGUCAGCGCUUUUGAGCUCUUGCACUGAUUCUGAUGACUUAUUGAGAGGCAGAGAACUCCAUGGUCGUGCUAUUAGAAUUGGGUUGAUGCAGGAAUUGAGUGUGAGUAACGCUCUGAUUGGGUUUUAUUCUAAAUUUGGGGAUAUUAAAAAGGUAGAGAGUUUGUACGACAUGAUGAUGGUGCAAGAUGCUGUUACUUCCACGGAGAUGAUCACAGCUUACAUGGCAUUUGGAAUGGUGGAUUCCGCUGUUGAGAUAUUCGAGAAUAUAACUGAGAAAAACACUAUUACAUAUAACGCUCUCAUGGCUGGGUUCUGUAGAAACGGGCAUGGCUUAAAGGCACUGAGAUUAUUCACUGAAAUGCUGCAGAGAGGUGUUGAAUUGACGGAUUUCAGUUUAACAAGCGCUGUCGACGCUUGUGGUUUAGUUUCAGAGAAGAAACUAAGCGAGCAAAUUCACGCGUUUUGUAUUAAGUUUGGAUGUCUUUUAAACCCUUGUAUCCAGACUGCAUUGCUUGAUAUGUGCACAAGAUGUGAAAGGAUGUCAGAUGCUGAGGAGAUGUUUGACCAAUGGCCUUCUAACCUCGAUAGUUCGAAGGCAACGACGUCAAUACUUGGUGGUUACGCUCGGGAUGGCUUACCUGAUAAGGCUGUAUCGCUAUUUCAUCGCACUCUCUGUGAAGAAAAGUUGUUUUUAGAUGAAAUUUCGUUGACUUUGAUUCUUGCGGUCUGUGGGACAUUAGGGUUUCGGGAAAUGGGUUAUCAGAUCCAUUGCCAUGCUCUUAAAGGUGGGUACUUUUCUGACGUAGGCUUGGGAAAUUCUUUGAUUAGCAUGUACUCGAAAUGUUGUGACUCAGAUGAUGCCAUAAAGGUUUUCAACACUAUGCAAGAACAUGAUGUUGUUUCUUGGAACAGUUUGAUUUCUUGCUACAUCCUUCAAAGAAAUGGUGAAAAGGUACUGGCUCUAUGGUUAAAGAUGAAUGAGGAAGAGAUCAAGCCUGACAUGAUCACCCUCACUCUUGUUAUUACUGCAUUUCGGUAUACAGAGUCAAAUAAGCUUAGUAGCUGCCGUGAUCUGUUUCUCUCCAUGAAGUCUAUUUAUGACAUUGAACCAAUGACUGAACAUUACACUGCAUUCGUCCGUGUUUUGGGUCAUUGGGGUCUACUUGAAGAAGCAGAAGACACAAUAAACACGAUGCCAUUUCAGCCCGAGGUCUCUGUUUUGAGAGCUCUGCUUGAUAGCUGCAGAGUCCAUUCGAACACAAGCGUCGCGAAACGAGUAGCAAAGCUAAUACUAUCAACCAAACCUGAAACCCCGUCUGAGUACAUCCUCAAAUCCAACAUCUACUCAGCUGCUGGACUUUGGCAUCGCUCUGAAAUGAUAAGAGAGGAAAUGCGGGAAAGAGGUUACCGGAAACAUCCUUCUAGAAGCUGGAUAAUCCACGAGAACAAAGUACAUUCCUUUCACGCGCGUGACACAUCCCACCCGCGAGAGAAAGACAUAUACAGCGGACUGGAGAUACUGAUAAUGGAAUGUCUGAAAGCUGGAUACGAACCAAACACAGAGUUUGUUCUUCAGGAGGUUGAUGAGUUCAUGAAGAAGAGUUUCUUGUUUCACCACAGCGCGAAACUCGCAGUGACUUAUGGCAUUCUUACGAGCGAUACUCGGGGGAAGCCGGUUCGGGUUGUGAAGAACGUGAUGCUCUGUGGUGACUGUCACGAGUUCUUCAAGUAUAUUUCAAUUGUGGUAAAGAGAGAGAUAGUUUUGAGAGAUUCUUCCGGUUUUCAUCAUUUUGUGAAUGGCAAGUGUUCUUGUAGAGAUCGGUGGUGAAUCAACCAAAACCAUAGUCUUUGUGAUGUUUCACUUAUAUAAGUUUGUAAUUGUCCAAAUCAAAAAAAAAGAAACGGAGGUUUAUAAGUUGUUAAA